UAAUUGCACAACUCCGCCCAUCGCUGGAUCUCUACGCUCGUCUCGCUCCGCCUGCCGCCAUGACCGGCUAUCACCACCACCGCCUUUCCGCCCCCUCGCCGAUCCCCAUCCCCGCUCGCGUCUACCCUCCAUCAUCCUCCUCGCCCUUUCCCUCCACCCCCUCCUCUGCCUCCACCCCGUCCAAGCGUCGCCGCCCCCAAUACCAUUCCUAUUCCUCCUCCUCCUCCGCCGCCGCCACCUCCCUCCUCAUCCUCCUCUCCCUCCGCUCCCUCUACUCUCUCCUCCCCUUCGUCCGCUCCUCCCCCGCCUCCACCUCCCUCUUCCCCUUCUCCUUCCUCGUCUCCCUCCUCUCCUUCGCCCUCUCUCUCCUCGUUCCCCCUUUCCCUGAAUCCCUCAAAUCCCUCCUACGCAGCCUCCCCUCCUCUCCCUUCCCCCUCCGCUCCCUCGCCGCCAAGUCCGCCCUCCUCACCCUCACCCUCCUUCUCCGCUUCCACUCCCUCCGCUACUGCCCCGCCGGAGCCGCCAUCCUCGCUGACUUCGCCGGCGCCCUCCUCGCCAAGUCCCUCUCCGAUCACCGCCCUCGUGCCCCCGCCUCCCGCCGGAGGAUCUUCGGCCUCGCCGCCCUCGCCACGGCUGUCGCCCUCCUGUCGUACAGCUGGGACCGGAUCGGGUGCUUCCCGAUCUCCUCAUCCCCUCCGCCGAUCGAGGGCUGCGCCAGGAUCGCCCCCAUGCUGCUCCCACUCCUCUCGGGGUUUCUAGGGUUUUACGAGAGGGCCUCCUCGAAUUGGGGCUCAUUGAAGCAGCUGGGCCGCAGACGGGUGCGUCUGCUCUCGCUUGGAUUCACCACUGCCAUGCUGUUCGUUCCGGCAUGCAUCAGUUUUCUCUUUGUGGACAGCGGUGAUGGCAGUGCCGAAUCGAUUGGUGCGCUUGGCUGGCCGCUGAUCAAUACGGUCGUCUUUGGCGUCGUUCUGGGUGAAAAUUAUGGUGAUGACAAGCUACUUUUCAGCGCAAAGGACUUCCGUCGGGAUUUCUUGUUGACCUUCUUCUGCACGCUUGUUUUGGAGCUCUUUUACUUCCCCAGGCUCUCCCUUCCUGGGUUUCUGUUCUGUGGCUUCUUGUUGUGGAUUGGAGUUAGGGAAUUGGGCUCGUCCUCCCUGAGUUAUGUCGAACUCGGUAGUUCUGAUCAUUCGGAGUCCUCGUCUUCUAUGAUCACGAAACCCAUUCGCCACAUUUUGAGCGAGAGGAAGUCCCGCAAGAUUGCUCUUUUCCUUCUGAUCAACACCGGCUACAUGGUGGUGGAGUUUGUGGCGGGUUUCAUGAGCAACAGCCUUGGUUUGAUAUCUGAUGCUUGUCAUAUGCUGUUUGAUUGUGCUGCAUUGGCAAUCGGGUUGUAUGCUUCUUACAUCUCUAGGCUGCCUGCCAACAGUCAGUUCAACUAUGGCCGUGGUAGGUUUGAGGUGCUUUCUGGAUACGUGAAUGCUGUGUUCCUGGUUCUUGUUGGUGCACUGAUUGUACUUGAGUCAUUGGAGAGGAUUCUUGAGCCGCAAGAGAUCUCGACAAGUAGCUUAUUAGCUGUUUCGAUUGGGGGUCUUCUUGUGAAUGUGGUGGGCUUGAUCUUUUUCCACGAGGAGCAUCAUCAUGCACAUGGUGGAAGUGGUACUUGUUCUCAUUCCCACUCACAUGCCCAUUCACAUGAUCAUCAUCAUCACCACCACCAUCACCAUGACCACCAUGGGCAUAAACAUGUAAAUGAGAGUGUUGGCCAUGAUUCUGAUGUUCAACAUCCUGUUGUGGUUUCUCAUGAAUCCACCGGAGGACAUUCUCACAGUGGCCAUGAUCAUCAUGUUUGUAACCAUGAUGGCCAUCAUCACCAAAAUGAACAUAGCAAGAAUGAGUCAUUUAAGUGUCAUGGUCAUGGACAUGAUGACCACCACAGUCAUGGUCCUAGACAUGAUGACCACCACAGUCAUGGUCAUGGACAUGAUGACCACAUUCAUGGUCAUGAACAUGAACACCAAGUUCAUACUGAUCAAGAUCAUAGGACACUGGGACAUGGACAUCAAAGAGCUGACGUAUUUGACAGAAGUUCUCAUACUGAAGGUCACAGUCAUGGCGAUAAGGAAAGCCAUAGUAGCAAAGAGCUUCCAAGCUUGUCUCACUCCUCAGCAAACAUUCAUAACUACUAUUUACAGUCAGGGGAAUCAUCUGAUAAGGAAAAGUCACUUAGUGAUUCACACAAGCAUCAGCACAUUGAUCACAAUAUGGAAGGCAUUUUCUUACAUGUUCUGGCUGACACAAUGGGGAGUGUUGGGGUCGUGAUCUCAACCCUACUAAUUAAGUACAAAGGAUGGACUGUGGCAGACCCAGCAUGCUCUAUAUUUAUUUCAGUUAUGAUAGUUUCUUCUGUGCUUCCAUUGUUGCGGAACUCUGCUGAAAUUUUGCUGCAAAGAGUUCCUAGAGCUCGUGAACAUGAUUUGAGGUUAGCCGUGGAUAAAAUUGUGAGGAUUAAGGGUGUCCAGGGCAUUCAAAACAUGCAUGUAUGGAACUUCACAAACACGGACGUUAUUGGAACGAUGCAUCUUCAUGUUUUGGCAGAAACUGAUAAGAUUUCUGCUGCAAAUAGUUCUUCAAAACUUCUGCAUGAAGCUGGGAUUAGGGAUUUGACUAUUCAGGUGGAAUGUGUAAAAGGUUAGCAACAGGAAAAUUUUGGAUACAUUCCUUCAUACUACCACAAGCACUGGAAGUGGGUAUUUUAGAUGCUUGCUAGUCAAGUGCAAGCUGCUUGUGAAACAUCUUUGGAACAACAGAGUAGAUUUCCACUGAUUCUGAUAAUUUAAUGUGUAAAAACUUUGCGAUCAAACUUUUGCUGUUGCUCUCUGUUUUCCGGCCUGGGCAGAUAUGAAUCUGAAAACUUCUUACUUACAGAAGCACAGUAGAUUCUUUUACUUUAAGCAACAUAAAUUUUGCUGUACGCACUGCUAAGUCAACCAAAACAUGAAUACCUUAUUGGUUGUCAUGAUAAUCUCUCCUGAGUAGCUAUAGUGUAGCAUCCAUGUUGGUACUUUCUUUACUGCAUUUAACUACUGUAAGUGGUCUACUUUUUUACAAUCAUCAUUUACAAACUACUUUGUACGCUAUUUCUUUUUAUGAUUACCAUAUAUAUGUUGGAAGA